AUGGCGGCCAACGACUACUACGCCAACUCCCACCCGGGGCAGUCCAACGACAGGAACGAUGCGCCUCUGCCUCCAGUACCCGGCAACCACACACAACACUCCGUCUCGCCCGUCAGCUCGCCCUUUGACGACCGACCCUAUCCCACACACACAUCCAGCAGCGGUGCGCUCGGCGGCUACCCCAUCGAUACAUCGUAUUCAAAUACCUCAUACCAACCUCCGACACAGUAUAGCUCGACCGCACAUAUCAACGACCCGUACGCGCGGCAGCCAGACCCCUUCGCCGACCAAAACGCGAUACCGCUUCAGACACAGCCGAAGAUGGAUGGCAGCAGUCCGACACGGUAUAAUGGCGACCCAGAGUACUACGGCAUGGGCGUAGAACCCAAGAGGAGAAAGAGUAAAAAGAAGAAAGGCUGGUUCAGUGGCAGAGUGACGUGGGUAGUCUAUCUUCUUACGGCGGUGCAAGUGGGCGUGUUUGUUGGCGAGUUGAUCAAGAAUGGCAUCUUGACAGGCAGCCCCAUCCAAACCAAGCCAAACUUCAACAUCAUGAUCGGUCCUUCGCCCUACGUUUUGAUUAACAUGGGCGCGCGCUUCACACCCUGCAUGCACAACAUCAAGAAAGUUAUCGAAGCCGAUGGUGGACCCGUCCUUCAAUGGCCAUGCCCGAAUACCACCACCCUUACCGAUAACACGUGCACGCUGGCUGAACUCUGCGGCAUGGGCGGUGGUGUCCCCAACCAAGAGGGUAUCACAGACUUCAAGGAUAGAAGCCACGAGCCGAACCAAUGGUGGCGCUUCAUUACUCCUAUAUUUCUGCACGCAGGAAUUAUUCACAUCGGCUUCAACAUGCUUCUACAGUGGACACUAGGUCGAGACAUGGAAAAGGAAAUUGGUCCCCUCCGGUUCGCACUCGUAUAUUUCUCCGCCGGUAUCUUCGGUUUCGUGCUCGGUGGCAACUACGCACCCGAUGGUAUCACUUCUGUUGGUGCUUCCGGAUCCCUCUUCGGUGUCUUGGCUCUUACCAUGCUCGAUCUCUUAUACAACUGGUCCACCCGCCGCAGUCCGGUCAAAGACCUACUCUUCCUCCUCCUCGAUAUGGCCAUCGCGUUCGUCAUUGGUCUACUCCCCGGUCUAGACAACUUCUCCCAUAUCGGAGGCUUCCUCAUGGGAAUCGUUCUGGGUAUUUGCAUCAUCCAUUCACCCGAGUCGCUGCGCGCAAGAACAGGUCAAAGCGAACCGCCGUAUGCAACAGUGGAUACUCAGCCCCUCGCUCACGAGCCGGUUGCUACAGAAUCCAAAAGCAAGCUUACCGCUUUCGCCAAACAGCCAGUUGGCUUCUUCAAAGGUCGCAAGCCACUCUGGUGGGCGUGGUGGCUUGUACGUGCUGGCGGUCUGGUGGCAGUCUUUAUAGGCUUUAUCCUGCUGCUGAGAAACUUUUACGAAUGGAGGAAUACUUGUAGUUGGUGCAAGCAUUUGUCUUGCUUGCCCAUCACUACAAAGGGUGUGUCGUGGUGUGAUAUGGGUAGUCUGAACCUUACGACGACCGAGACUCCUAGCAAGAGGAGUUUAAAUCCGGCGAGCCUGGCUCACUUUAUGGGCGAAGCGACUGUUGGACGGAUACUGUAG